GUCACACUACAAAAUCGAACGGUAUUGCAAAAAGUCAAAUUAUCUAUCUAUGUGCAACCACCACUAGUACUGACUCGUGAUCAGUUCACUUUUGAAUUUAAAACCCCAGAGAUAACUAGCACAGUGGCCUUUUCUGUUUAUCUGAAAAGAAGUUAUAUGCCAUCUACAUUGGACGGAAAUGCUGUUGUUUCUUACUCGAGACCAACAGAUCGAAAUCCUGAUGGCAUUCCUCGUGUUAUCCAGUGUAAAUUUAGACUUCCCCUGAAGUUAAUCUGCCUUCCGGGUCAGCCUUCAAAAACUGCAAGCCACAAACUAACUAUUGAUACCAACAAAGCUCCAGUCAGUCUUCUCAGUCUCUUCCCAGGAUUUGCCAAUCAAUCAGAAGAUGACCAGGUGAAUGUGAUGGGUUUUCGUUUCUUAGGAGGUUCCCGAGUUACCCUUCUGGCUUCCAAAACUUCUCAACGAUACCGCAUUCAGAGUGAACAGUUUGAAGAUCUUUGGCUCAUAACAAAUGAGCUUAUUCUGCGCCUUCAAGAAUAUUUUGAAAAGCAGGGAAUCAAAGAUUUCGCAUGUUCUUUUUCUGGCUCUAUGCCCCUGCAAGAGUAUUUUGAGUUGAUUGAUCGUCACUUUGAGCUGCGGAAAAAUGGUGAAAAGUUAGAGGAACUCCUAUCUGAAAGAGCUGUGCAGUUCCGGGCCAUUCAGCGCCGGCUGUUAGCAAGGUUCAAAGAUAAGACGCCCGCCCCACUCCAGCACCUGGACACUUUGCUGGAUGGAACCUACAAGCAGGUCAGUGUUCAUCUGCCCUCAUUUUCUACUCCUACCACCCCUAGCCUGCAGAUGUGUUCCAUAAUGUCAGGUGUUUCUUGACUGUGCAUGUAGAGCAGUGAAACACACACAAGCCUUAGAACCACAGAAACCCAGUUCAAAGUCAAAUCCGCCACUUUCUAAUUAUGUGACCUUGAAUAAAGUACGAGAUCCAACAGAGGCUGCGUUUCACCUAAGAUUGCUGUGAGGAAUUUUAGUCAUUGACAAAAAGACUCUAGCACAAUGCCAGGCACAUAGUAUGUGCUUGCUAAAUAAUGGCUAUUAUGAUUAGUGUAAUUGUUAGAUAAAUGUUGGUGCAUCCCAUAAUUAUCACCAUUAUUCUCCAGUUAUCUUACCAAUUAAUUGGCCUAAAUUUCUAGUAUUAAGUCAGUGUUAAGAUGGAAUUGUUAAGCAUCCUAGUUUGAAAAGUUGUAGUUCAAAAAAACUGAUUUUUUUCUUCCUCUUCCUGACUCUCCUUCCACCCAUGUUUAUCAUGUGCCUGGCUAGGAUGAUCUGGCUCUCAUUUCAAAGCACUAUGUCAUUGAAAACUACCUCAAAAAUGAUCAUCUCUGGCUUGAAACAAUCCCUCCCAAAAUUUUAAUUUAAUCAGUAAGAUCUACCAGUUCCACUGUUAUGAAGUCUUAGAAUGACUAGAAUGAAGAUGUUGAAAUACUGCAUUA